GCAUUCGGCACUGCAGCUGAUAUCUUUUGUUGUUACCAAGAACGACUAACACAGACCAGUCCUUGCUUCGACCUGUACCCACACUCUCACCGUACCAGAAUAGCCCCUCUUGUGAGCUACACCAUUGUCAAGUUGCGACGCAAGACACAAGAAAACGCGCGGUCACGUGUGAGACUCGCAGCAACACCGUUUUGGUCCUCAGUACACGUUGGAUACCUGGAUGCUGGAAAUCGUAUCCUGAAAUCUUCUCCAAGGUGGCAAUAACUUCAGGGCAGACUCAUUCAACUACUCAACAUCAUGUCGGACAGUGAGAGCGAUGAGGACUUGAAACGAGCUAUAGCUUUGUCUUUACAAGAGAGCCAUCCGUUGCCGAACAAGAGUGAACAGGCCGUCAUUGAUCUCAUCUCUGAAGAUGAGGACGAUGAUUUAGACGCCCCUGUAAAGACGAAGCUCACCUCCUCUCUUCCUAUCGCCAACGUGCCCAAACACAAAGCAGUGGGUCCAAGUACUCUCGGUUUGGAUGCAAUCGACGAUGCUGGAGCAAGCAAAUUGAACAAAGAAUCUUCCACCAUGGAAUCUUCAGUGCGUCUGGAGCAUUCGACGGAGAAGGUUGACCCUCGUCAUCAAGCCUUUGGGAUCCUCGGGUUGAAUAGGAAGCAAAUGGAAGAAGAAAGACUCGCAAGACUCAGCGCCUUGAAGGGCCUAGAUGCUAACGACAAGGUCACCGACGAAUCGAGGAAGAGAAAAGCAGAGACAUCAUCACAGGAACACUUCGAGGGCCGAAACGUAAAAACCAAAGUCUCUCCUCCUGGUGAAGCCUUUAUGAGCAAUGUCGUCAACACUGGACUGGCCCAUCGAAUAGCCACCGCAUCGGGUUCCAACCAAUACAGUACCGCCGGAACCUCCAGUGGUAUUCAAUAUCCAGACGGUAUCGUCAAGAAAACAUGGGCAAAAGGUUUUCCGCGAACUGGAGAUGACAUCACAAUCGAAGAAGUCCUUCAGAAAGAUGAUCUCGAGCUUGCGGUAUUAAGUGCUUUCCAAAUCGAUACAGACUGGAUCAUUGGGAAACUGGGCAAGAAGACAAAGGCGGUUUGGGUACUACAAGCGAAAUCAGACGCUGAGAAAGCAAAUUGGCGUGACAAUGCACCCAGAGAGUAUCGCUUCUGCUUCCCUUCUAUGGAUGGCAUCGUGAAUUGCAUGCACUCCAAGCUGCAGUUACUAUCUCACGGAUCAUACCUGAGAAUUGUCAUCCCUAGUGCCAAUCUGGUUCCUUAUGAUUGGGGUGAGAGCGGAGUAAUGGAAAAUGUCUGCUUCCUGAUCGAUCUCCCGAAACUGCCGUCCGGACAAACAGCAGAACUAAAUACCCAAUUUGGCAUUGAGUUAUCUUACUUUCUGACGGCCCUUGGCCUGGACCAGAAGAUCGUGGACAGCCUCAGAAAGUUUGAUUUCUCACGGACUGCGGAAAUUGCCUUUGUCCAUUCCAUCGGAGGCUCCCACGAUACUGCAUGGCAACGCACAGGAUAUUGCGGACUUGGAACAGCUGUCCAAAAGCUCGGCUUAGCUACCGACAAGCCCUUAGAAAUCGACUUUCUCGCAGCAUCUAUUGGAAGUCUGAGCGAAGAAUUCAUUAGGUGCAUGUAUCUGGCUUGCCAAGGGGAUGAUGGUCUCACUGAAUAUCAGCUGCGAACCGGCAAGUCAACAAGGGUUAAGGGCCAAGCUGAGACGAAGCGUAAACCUUCGGAUGAUAUCUUGAGCCGGUGCCGAGUUUACUUCCCACUCGAGGAAACCGUAUACAGAUCGAAGGGUGGGGCUGGAUCUGGAGGCACGAUAUGUUUCCAUGAGAAAUUCUACAACUCGGGAAACUUCCCGACGGCGAUCAUGCGCGAUUCUGUAAGCAAGAGGCAGGGUCUGUUGAUGCAUUCCAAGAUGAUAUUCAUCAGGGGGUCAACCAUCGCUCUGGCUUAUGUUGGAAGCGCAAAUCUCUCGGAGGCUGCUUGGGGAAAGCUAGUCAAAGACAAGAAAACGAAAGAGCCAAAGCUCAACUGUAGGAAUUGGGAAUGCGGGGUUCUGCUCCCCGUUCGGGGUUCAACGUCAGCGAGGAACCCUUCGGAUCAUGAGAAUACUCGGAUUCCGCUUGGCAUGGAAGUCUUUGAUGGUGUUGUCCCAGUUCCCAUGAAGACCCCAGGAGACGCGUAUGGGGAGCGCAAGCCUUGGUACUUUGCUCAGCAUUAGUCCUUCUGGCAGUAGAAAAGUUCAUUUCCGAUCCGAGGUCGUCAUGAGAGAGGCGCAGGGCACUUGCCAAGAGUCCAAGACUGCUAUCUUAUGUACAAUGGGGCGGCAUUUCUCUGGUGACAUUCCAACGACAUCGCCUCAGAUGAAAGGUCCCUCCAUAGUCUCAACUACAGUAUGACUCGUGGCCAGGACUUGUGGAGAGCUCCUGUGGGGGUUCUUGGCAGGCUGUCAGAAUUGUAUACUAGAUAGAACACGAAUGAG